AUGCCUGUUACAGAUAUGGGUUCUCCAUUAAAAGGUAGUUCCUUUAAAGAACAGUAUUUACAACAAUUGAAGGAAAAUGGCGAAAGUUUAGAACCAUUGAAACCACGCUCAUCUUCCAGGAUCAAUUCAGAAAAUAAUUCUCAAAAGAUUAAUAAGGUAAAAUCAAAGUUUUUAGAAAAUAAUACCACACCAAAGAUUAAUAAAAUAAAAUCCAGCUUUUUAGAUGAGAAUGAGUCUGAGAACAAUUCAAAAAGCAAUUCCGAAAACUCCAAGUUGGUCAACUCGCCUUUAAAAGAUAAUAUUUUUUUACAAAACGAUAAGGGGAAGUCACCAGAUAGGUUUGUUUCUCCAAAAGCCAAGCCAUUAAAAGAGUUUAGAAAUCCUGAAAAAUCAUCAUAUUUAAAAUUCACUGGCGGCGUUAGCGAUAAUAAAUCUUCAGAAACAGUCAAUAAUGCUUCAAAAAACUUAACUAAAUCGCCAAAAACUUUGACCCAGUCUAAAUUUUCAUAUCAAAAACUAAACGGUAAUAUUUCGAAAGAAACAAAAUUAGUGAAUGACAAAAUUGCUAAAAUGGAAUCACCAUUUAAAAAUAAUAAUAGUUCUGCAAAAGAAACAUCAGCUAACACGAGUAUCCUCGCUAAAAAGGAAGCCCUAUUUAAAAAAGAUACUCUUACUGAAAAAGAAGGUCUAUUAAAAAAAGAUACUAUAGCCAACAAAGAAAUUCCAUUGAAAAAAAAUACCAUUACAAACAAAAAGAAUACUUUCAAUAAUAGUACCGGUAUUAAAGAAAACCAAACCACCAAUCGAGACGCCAUUGCUACAGACGAAUCUCUAAUAAACAAGGCAACUAAUAGUGCUACUACAAGUUCCCAUACUGAAAGCAAAACUUUUGAUGCCAGCAAAUUGAGUAAAUUGGAAUUGAAAUACUAUGAGUUUCUGUGCAGGGUGAGCGAAGCAAAAACAUGGAUUGAAGAAAUUACUGGCGAUACUUUGCCCGCAGUAAUUGACAUAUUAUCAAAAAACAGUCUACGCGAUGGUGUAGCUUUGGCAAAAUUAGCACAAAAGAUUAAUCCUCAAUUGGUCCAUACUGUUCAUCCGGCUACUAUCAAAUUUAAAUUUAAAUUAAUGGAAAACAUUCAAAAUUUUUUGUUGCUAGUUGAUGUUGCUCGUGUUCCAGAUGUCCUAAGAUUUGAAACAACAGAUUUGUACGACGGUAAGAAUAUUCCCAAAGUGUUUGAAACUUUACACGCAUUGGCCUAUGUUUUACACAAAAAAUGGCCCAAUAAGGUUCCUGCCAUGAAAAAUGUUUCUGGUAUUGAAAGUUUUAGCUCUGAUGAAAUUAGAAGAUGCAAAAUAAACUUUCCUAAUAUACGUAGUUUUGAUUUUUUUGCUAAUGACGUUAAUACUACUAUUCCAAACAGCGGUACACUCAAUACACCGGAAGGAUUAAUUAAUGAUUUUGAUAAACCAGAAUCUGUUGCAACAAAUAGAGACAAUCUUUCGAGCAAUAGGUUUAGUGGGAAUAUUUUAGAAGACGGAGAAAAACAGUUUUUAAAUCAUGAUGAAGAAGCUGAAAGUAGUGAUGAAAAUUACAGUAGAAUACCACGUAAUAAUAAAAAAUCCACUAAAAAAAGUGCUGGUUUCUCGAAAAAUAAAUACAAGACCAAUAAUGAUGAUAUUGCCAACGAAGAAGAAGAGUCGGAAGAAGAAAAAGAAGAGGAAGUAGUAAUAGUAGAAGAAGAGGGAAUGAAGAAAAAGAGGGACGAAAGUGAAGAAGAGGAAGAAGAGGAAGAGGAGAUUAUAACCAAGAUUAUUAGAAAGAAAGUGAAAAAAGAACCCAAAAUUAUUAAAAAAAAAACAAUAAUAAAGAAAAUUAUAAAAGAAGAGGAGUCUGAUGAAGAAGAGGAGUCUGGUGAAGAAAAUGAAGAACCAGUAAAUAUGAUUGAGGUUGGUACCGAUCCAGCUCAGAAUAUCGAAUAUAAUGAAGAAGAUGAUUCUAUUGCUAAUGAUGGUUUAUCUUCUGUCAAACAUACUUCUCCAAAAUAUGCAGAAAAUACAACAUCAACAAAAAAUCCAUUUAUUUCGCCUCAUAGAAGAAAUUAUGACUACUACGACAUACCAAUCUCCCCCUCUAAACAUUCUCCAUAUAAACCACGUAAACGUUUUGAACGUGCCCCCAUAAAAGAUAUAAGUACUAUUCCAAGUUUACAGUAUUACACGCCAAGAAAGGAUAUCUCAUAUUAUUCUCCAACUCUAAAUAGACGUUUAUCUACUAGAAGAAGGAUAAGGGAAGUGGAGGUGCCUUCUUUUACCACUACAUCUUCCUAUGAAUAUCCUGAGCGUGACUUUUUUUUGGAAAGACCACACACAUACCUGCAGUCCAGGAUUUCUCCAAACAAGGCAAAGAGAAUGACAGAAUUAGAAUUUCUAGAUACUUUAUGUGAAAUUCAAGCCUUGUGCAGAGGUUCAAAUCUUAGAUACAUUAUUUAUGAUAUAGAUUCCAAGAUGGAACUGUGUAUCCCACAAAUCUUAAAUACACAAUCUAGAAUCAGAGGUUUUAUAACCAGAAAAAAAAUGGGUUUGAAAGAUCGUGCCAUUAAGUUUGAGGAAUUUGGUCCAUUGGUUGACCUUCAAGCAAAGAUUCGUGCUUAUAGAAUUCGGGAUGAUAUGGACAAACUACUAUUUCGAGUUAUGAAACAUCAACUUACUGUUGAGUCUAUUCAGUCUUAUAUUAGAGCUUCUAAACUUAGAAGGGGGGUAAAGACACAGGCAAAUAAUAUUGACCGCAAUUUACCUGCAAUUAACUUGUUGCAAAGCAUUUACCGAGGUGUUAAGGUAAGAGAUAAGGUAAUUGAAGAUGUUACUAAUAUUAGAGUAUACGAAGACUCUAUUGCUAGAUUACAAAGUAUCGUCAGAGGCACACUCUAUAGAAGAACUUCAAACGUUCAAAAGUACUUCACUGACAAUAAUACUUCCAAUAUGGAAAUAGUUUUGAGGGUUCAAUCUUAUAUUCGUGCUGCCAAAAAAAGAGACGAUAUAUAUGCUUUAAAUGAUGCAUUGAUUAAUUUUGAUUCCAAGUUAGAUUGGUUUGCUGCUUACAUUCAAGGUGGUUUUGCUAGAAGAAAAGUUUUUAAAGUUGUGAGAAAAUCACACAGCACUAUGGAAAGCAUACAAUUAUUGCAAGCCAAUGUUCGGGGUGUAUUAACCAGAUACACUUUGGAUGUGUUGAAUGAAAUAUUACACAAUGAACCUUUAGAUUUAUUAAAGGCAAUUUGUAGGGGUAGUUUAGUAAGACAAGCCCUAAGGGAUAUGGAUGCCUAUUAUAGGAAACACAAAAGAGAAAUUAUUAAAAUUCAAAGCAAGUUUAGAGCAUAUACAAUGAAGAUGGCUUACCACGAAAUUAUGUCCUUUGCUAAUCCAAGUUUAUGGGCAGUUCGUAAGUUUGCAUUUUUAUUGAACGGUGUACAGCCAACAUUUGAAACUCAAGACGCUUUAGAACAUUCCAAAGAGCUAAUCGAUAAGGAAAAUGUGGACAUUAGUAAAUUGGAGCACAAGCUACGAAAAUUAGUUCAAAAGAUGAAUUUGCUAAAUGAUAAUAACUUGAAAGUCAGCGACACGCCCUAUAUUGAUAUACAAAAGAUCUUGAAUUCUUCGGGAAACUCGGUAAGUGAUGAAUCUGGCAUUGAGAUCGAUCUAUUCGAAAAGAUUUUUUACUUGUUACAAGUUGAUCCGUUUUAUUUUAGACUAUUAUUUACCACCAAUAAGAAUAAGAUUUUGAAGUACUUGUCAUUAAUUUAUUUUAAAAGAGAUGGCUCGAUGGGACAUCGUGAAAAUACUUUGUAUGUCAAAUUAGUGUCUGAAAUGUUAAUGGUUGAUAUUGAUAGUAGAGCUGAGAUUGAAGACUUUUUAUGUGACGAAAGGAAUACUGAUUCAUGGAAAUUGUUGUUGCAUGUUUAUUUGGUUAGUCAAAAGAAGACAAUCAUGAAACAAUUAUUUGCUGAUGUAGUAAGCAGCAUUGACUCGGUAAAUGUUGAUUUUGAAAGUGAUCCAAGUAUAAUUUACUGUAAAUUACACCCAACUUCCAGUAGGUUGCCAGCAGAAACUGCUGUUGAGGAUGACGCAACCAAGGCCAGAUACGUUGCAAAUAUGGGUACUUUAUGGUCUUUUAUUGAUAGAAUUCAUAGGAUUUUGAGUAUGCAUAUAGCUGAAUUACCAAUUGAGGUUUUAUAUUUGUGCACAAAGGCCUAUGUAACUGUUGCUGGCAAAAGUAGUGAUGAAUUGGAUGCUUUGGAAGCCAUAUCUAAGAUUAUUAUUGGCUCUUUUGUAAAUGAUUUUCUAGUAAAUUGCUCAGAUUAUGGUGUUGAGAUAUCGCAUGGUCAGGAAACAAUGGGGAAACUGAAAAUUUUAUGCGAAUCUUUAAAUGUGGUAUUUUCAUUGAGAAAGUUUAAACACUUUUAUUCCCCAUUAAAUCAAUAUGUUGCUGAAGUUAAUAAAGAUAUUGCAGAAACCUUACAAAGCUUACAAAUCCCUCCCAAGUAUGAGGAAUAUAUGGAAUCGUUGGUUUAUCGUGAUAUGAACAAUGGCAAUAGACCGGUGUUGGUUAUUAACGCCAAAUACUUGGAUGAAAUAUAUCAUUUCUUGAGCGAAAACAUCGAGAUCUUCCCACAAGACGAUCCUAUGGUUCGCUUAGUUGAUGAUUUAGCUGAAAAGGAAACGGUACGGAACAAAUUUGGAAAGGGACAAGUGGUUACUUUAGAGUUAAAUCCCUCUGCUUAUAAAUUGAGUGAUGUUGAUGAUAGAGGCAAAGCUAUGUAUAACGAUGUAAUGUGGGGGUUAAUUUACAUGCUACAAGUAUUUACAAGCAAAGCCACUAAUGUUUUGGAAGUUUUAACGUUACCAGGUAAUGAUACUCAAGAGGAACUUAAGUUUAAAAAAUUACUGCAACAAUAUCCAUCUAUUAGGGAAAAUUCUGUCUUUAAAGAUUUACCAUCUAAUAGUUAUUUUGAUUUGAAGAUGUAUAUUUCAGAAAAAACGUUAGAGCUGGACACAAUGGGUUUCAUUGACAGGGCUGGUAAUUUUCAAUGUUUACUAAAUGACAUUGCCAACACAAUUAAGUGCCACGUUUAUGUUAAAACUAGGAAUUUAAAAGAAAUUGAUGUUGCUAAUACCACAAUUAAAGAAUUAAAACAAAAGCGUACUACUCUGGAAAAAAAUUAUAAAUCUUUAAAUGAAGUUAUCCAUCAAUCGUUGGAUUGCAUCCAAUCUUCCAAUGAUUAUAGUCCAAAGAAAAAGAAGGCGCAUGGACUAGGUGGAAAAUUGAAGAAAAUGUACAGCAAAGUUAAUCAUAAACAAGUGUCGGAAGCAGAUUGUGCUCAUUAUAAAUUCAGUACAAGGCAAUUAUUUGAAAAGGGUGUUUUGAUUGAUAUUAUCGGGGAGAAAUUGGGUAGUUUGCCGAUGAAUUAUUUUGGUAAUAGUGGACCUAAAUUUCCGGAUGUUGAUUUUAUAAUUUCAACAGCCAAUGGUAAACAAUUUAUCAUUGAAAUGGUAGACAGUAGAAAGGGAGUAAAUAGAACAGGCCAUACUUCUGAUAAAUUUAAUUUUAAUACACUAUUAGAUUCACAACUCGAAGAAGGGAAUAAAAAACUCAAAUUAAUUGGGGGGAAAGUUAUUUUUAAUAGUAAGAACUUAUUUAACUUGGUUAUUCAGUAUUUUUAUACAAUUGACAACACAUUUUAA